AUGGAUGAGAAUCUCAAUGAAUUAUUCAAGCUGUCUGUCUUGAUGUUUGAGAAGGAGGAGUUUUGGGGUGGUGUUCAUCUUGGAGGAUCAAGCUACAGCUUUUCCAGUGACCUGCUUCCGUCUCUGGGAGAGAAUAUUAACCAGCCGAUGAAGCUAAGGAGGUUCAUAGUAUCGCCCUUUGAUUCUCGUUACAGAGCUUGGAAGAUGUUCCUGACCCUACUCGCCGUUUAUUCUGCUUGGAUCUGCCCAUUCGAACUAGCGUUCAUGAGGCAUUUGUCGGCGAAGCUUUUCUGGGUCGAGAUCAUCCUCAACAGUUUUUUCGCGAUCGAUAUAGUACUCACCUUCUUCGUCGCAUACCUUGACCGGAGAUCGGACGUCUUGAUCGACGAUCCGAAGAGAAUCUCAGUCAGAUAUCUAUCCUCCUGGUUCAUCUUGGAUAUCUUGUCGACGGCUCCAUUUGGAGCGAUCUUCCUCUUCCGAGGCGACGGCAAUGGUCUCAGUUUCACAACGCUGAACAUGCUGCGACUGUGGCGGCUCCGCUCGGUCAAUUCUCUCUUUUCGAGGCUUGAGAAGGACAUCAGGUUCAGCUACUUCUGGACUCGAUGCACAAAGCUUUUGUUAGUACAGCUCUUCGCCGUGCACUACGCUGGAUGCAUCAAGUAUCUCAUUGCCGAUCGGUACCCUAAUCCCGGCUUUAGAUCUGAAAAUCUAUGGGUUAGAUAUGUAACUGCAAUUCACCGUUCCUUUACACCGAUGCCAACGACCGGUUAUGGUGACUUGCAUGCUGAAAACACCAGAGAAAUGCUAUUCGACAUCUUCUACAUGUUGUUUAACUUGGGGCUGGCAGCUUACCUUAUGGGAAACAUUACGAACCUCGUCGUCCAUGGAACCAGCCGCACCCGCCACUUCAGGGACACGAUUGAGGCAGCUUCAGAAUUCACAGCAAGAAAUCAUCUGCCGAAGCGCAUCAAGGACCAAAUGCUCUCCCACAUAUGCUUGAGAUUCAAGACGCAGUGGCUGAAGCUGCAAGACCCCUUGAAUGAUCUUCCCAAGGGCAUUCGUUCCAGAAUAGCGUAUGAGCGCUUCUUUCCGAUUUUAAGACAAACCUACCUUUUUCGUGGAGUUUCCUUGAACUUCCUUAAUCAACUGGUAACAGAGACGCAGGCCGAGUAUUUCCCACCACGGGUAGAUGUGAUGCUACAAAACGAGGCGCCAACAGAUCUGUACAUCAUAGUAACAGGAGCUGUGAACUUGAGAUCAACUGUUGAUGGGGCUGAACAAGUUCAUGGAAGGCUGGGACCAAGGGAAGUGUUCGGGGAGAUGUGGGCCUUAUGCGGCAGCCCACAGCCAUGUACUGCACAGACCGUCGAACCAACACUAGUAUUAAGGUUGAGCAGCACCACAGUGAUGAACUUGAUUAAGGAGAAUGUCGAAGAUGAAAAUACGGUUAUGAACAAUCUUUUAGAGAUAUUCAUACAUCUGCAUCUUUGAUCGAUGCCUUGUUUGUGUCAUAAUUUUUAACUCAGAUAUUAGAUCGAGGUUCUAUUUGUGCUCAUGCUUCGUAGCUAUUUCAGAGAUGUACAUUUGGAAUAAAAUCCCAACCGUGG